UUUUUCUUGAAUGGAAAAAGAAUGCUGUAAAGGGAUCCGAGUGGUAGUUAAAAUUCUUAUGAAAAUUGUUUAAAGAAAAUGUAAGAAAAAGAAGAGACGCAAAAAAGUGAAAUUUUUAGAAACAGAAGGCAAACAUGAUUGCAAAAUGGGGUUUGCUUUUUCUCCUUUUCACCUGGUAUAUGCCUUUCCAAUUGUAAGGGUAAAACAUUGACAUUGAUUGAGUGGAAUUCAAGUCUUUGUUUCUCGAUUGCAACCCUCGUGCUACGUGUUUACGUCGUGUUUGGAAACUGCAACAACACAAACUCCCCCAAUUUUCAAACCAAUUACUUCUUCCUCCGAUAAUCCCCACCACCAUUUACAUAUUCACUCCUCACCUGAGAUCUGAUCAAUCCACACAAUUAAUCAACCACUCGACGAGGAAACGAGAGGGAAUGGCUGAUGAUGAUAAAGCAGUUGGGGAAGGUGAAAAGAAGGAGACAAGUCCUACUGCUGCUGCUUCUGGGAAUGAAAAGAAGAAGCAGCGCAAGGGAUUCAUUUCAAGAAUUUGGAAUGGAAUUUUUAGGUUACACGGCGAUGAUUUUGAGAAGAGGCUUCAAUAUAUUUCUAAAGAGGAAGCUGCUGUUAUUGCUAGAGUGACUAGGAGAUCGCGAUCCAGGAGGCGGAUGUCGCGGAAUCUUAUUAUAUUUUCUGUUUUAUUUGAGGUCAUUGCUGUAGGCUAUGCUAUUAUGACAACAAGAUCAAUUGAUAUGGAUUGGAAAAUGAGGGCAAUCCGGGUUUUACCAAUGUUUCUUUUGCCGGCACUAUCAUCUGCUACUUAUUCAGCAUUUAUCAGCUUCACAAGAAUGUGUGAUCGUAGGGACCAGAAUAUCCUUGAAAAGCUUCGAGCUGAAAGGCAGGCAAAAAUUGAUGAGCUCAAAGAAAAGACAAACUAUUACACUACACAGCAGCUUAUUCAGAGAUAUGACCCAGACCCGGCCGCAAAGGCAGCUGCUGCAACUGUUUUGGCGUCUAAGUUGGGUGCAGAUUCUGGUCUGAAAUUGUACAUGGGCGAUGAAUCCAAUCUCAGUGGUGCUUCAACAGGGAAGAGCAAUGAUGUUGAACUUGUGCAGUCCUCUGGACUUCGAAAUCGGAAACAAGUUCACACUAGGUCCACUAGUCUUGGGACAAUCUCACAAAAUUUUGGCAAUCAACAAUUAGUAGGUUCAGAGGGAAUGGAUCAAAGCGUUACCUCUGAGUAUAAUCAACCUGUUGUUGUUGAACAUCACCAACCUCAAAGUUCAAACCCACAAGAUGGAGGAUGGAUUGCACGAAUUGCAGCAUUGCUUGUGGGUGAGGAUCCAACGCAGUCUUAUGCCCUCAUAUGUGGUCACUGCUACAUGCAUAACGGUCUUUCUCGGAAGGAGGAUUUCCCAUUUAUCACUUACUACUGCCCACAUUGCCAUGCACUGAACAAACCGAAGCAAAUGGAUGGGAGCAUCUCUGGUCUUCAUUCUCCUAAUGCAGGGUCUAUGCAAAUGGAUGAGCGUAUCUUGGGUCUUCCUUCCCCUAAUGCGGGGUCUCCAAAAACAGGCGACAGUGAGGCAGUUUUAAAUGCUACCGCCUCUGUUGCAGAGAGCAUAAUCACAAGCAAUAGUCCCGUAGAUGCUAUCACUGAGAUUGAGGAAAUAUCAGAAAGAACAAGUAUUGAGGAUAAAACUGAUUGAAAUGGCAGAUUGGCAGAUUGGCAGCUUUCUUUUGGUGAUGUGGUUGUUGGGUUGCCAUGUCUUGCUCCUUGUUCCACGGCGUGAACAGAUUAUGAGGGGAGGAACUAUGGAAUUGGUUUCCUUUGUUGGUUUUGCUACAGUGUCGAAUUACUUGUUACAUAUUGUGAUUUGUUAUACACAGGUUACCUGGAUUGCUUGUGAGAUAAGGCAAUUUUGGCUUCCUUUUAUUCUUUUUUGGUAUUAUAUUGCUUCAGUGUUCUUGUUCCUAGUUCUGAAUUUAUAUCCAUAUUGUGUAUUCCAUCUUCGAACCCAUGAUAUUUUAUAGUUUUAAUUGCAUUUUUUAUCUUUCUA